CAGACAUUGUUUCCAGAAGCUGGACUCAGAGCUGGAUGUGACCGCUGGACCAGCCAGCUAACGGCUAACAGCUAACACUAGCUAAACUAACUUGUUCUGACCGGUGGAAGAACGGAUAGCUAAAGGCUAACUGCUAGCUCUGGCUGGACGUCAAGCUUCUCUCCGGUGUGUCUGACCAUAGACUGUAUAUACAGUCUAUGUGUCUGACCGACAAAACAGCUAGCUAACGGUUAAAAGCUAACCGCAGCUACAGUUGUAGUGAUCGGUAUAACAGCAAGCUAACAGCUAACAGUUGUAGUGAUCAGUAAAACAGCCAGCUAACGGCUAAAAGCUAACUCCAGCUUGAGUUGUAGUGAUUGGUAAAAUACCAAGCUAACGGCUAGCUCCGGCUGGACGUCAAGCUUCUCUCCGGAGUGUCUGGCCAAUAAAAUAGCUAGCUACUGGCUAAAGCUAACCCAAGCUAGAGAGUUAGCUAACGGCUAACCGCUAACCCCAGCUUCAGUUAUAGUGAUCGGUAAAAGAGCAAGCUAACGGCUAAAAGCUAACACCAUCUAGAUUUGUUCUGACCGUUAAAACGCCAAGCUAAUGGCUAACUGCUAACCCCAGCUAACACCUAACACCAUCUAGAGUUAUUCUGACCACUAAAGCACCAAGCUAACGACUAACUGCUAACCCCAGCUACAACUGUAGUGAUCGGUAUAACAGUAAGCUAACGGCUAAAAGCAAACCCCAGCUAACACCAUCUAGAGUUGUUCUGAAGGCUGAAGCACCAAGCUAACGGCUAACUGCUAACCCCAGCUACAAUUGUAGUGAUCGGUAAAACAGCAAGCUAACGGCUAAAAGCAAACCCCAGCUAACGCCAUCUAGAGUUGUUCUGAAGGCUGAAGCACCAAGCUAACGGCUAAUUGCUAACCCCGGCUGGACUUGGACCCUCUCUGCGGUGGGGUCUGACUGAUAAGACAGCUAGCUAGCCCCCGGGCGGAGUUGGACUCCUCCGGACCCCGUGUGAACCUGUGGGCGGAACCCGGGCAGCAGAAUGUGGGGCAUUUGCAGCAGAACGGCGGUGGCGAUGCCGAAGCCCUGUGGCCUCCUGAAGCCCCGUCACCUGGUGAAGCCGGUGUCGGCCACCCGGGUGGCGGGUCGCUACCAGAGCCACCAGAAGGGGCUGCCCAGCCUGCCGGUCCCCCCCCUGCAGCAGACCUGUGAGCGCUACCUGACGGCCCUGGAGCCCAUCGUGGAGCCGGAGGAGCUGAACAACACCAGGAAGCUGCUGGAGGAGUUCCAGGAGGCCGGAGGACUCGGAGAGAAGCUGCAGAGAGGCCUGGAGAAGAGGGCCGGGAAGACGGAGAACUGGCUCUCAGCAUGGUGGGUUCAGGUCGCUUAUCUGGAAUACCGGCUGCCUGUCGUGGUUCAUUCCAGUCCCGGGUUGGUUUUACCUCGUAUGAACUUCACCAAUAAACAAGGACAAAUCAGAUUUGCUGCCAAACUGAUUGCAGGUGUUUUGGACUUCAAGACGAUGAUUGACAAUGAGACGCUGCCGGUGGAGUAUCUGGGAGGGAAGCCGCUGUGCAUGAAUCAGUACUACGAGGUUCUGUCGUCGUGUCGGAUUCCUGGUCUGAAGAGAGACUCGGUGGUGAAUCACGCCAAGAGCUCCAGACCCCCGAAACACAUCACUGUGGUUCAUAACCACCAGUUCUUCAUCCUGGACAUCUACAACAGCGACGGCACUCCACUGACACCAGAUCAGCUCCAUGUUCAGCUGGAGAAGAUCUGCAGAGCUUCUUCAGAAACCAGCUCCGAACCUGUCGGCAUCCUCACCACCCAACACCGAGACUCCUGGGGAAAGGCCUACCAGAACCUCAUCAAGGAUAAGACCAACAAAGACUCAGUGUCGGCCAUCCAGAGGAGCAUCUUCACACUUUGUCUGGACGGAGCGACGCCUCAGGUGUCGGACGAUUCGUAUCGCAGCUGUGCAGCCGUCCAGAUGUUGCAUGGAGGAGGGAGUCGGUGGAACAGUGGCAACCGUUGGUUCGACAAGACGCUGCAGUUCAUUAUCGGAGAAGACGGAACAUGUGGUGCAAACUAUGAGCACGCUCCAGCCGAGGGUCCGCCCAUCGUGGCCUUGAUCGACCAUGUUGUCGAGUUCACGAGGAAGCUGGAGUUGGGUCAGUCCACCACCGGGUCUUUACCUUCACCUCAGAAACUACGAUUCAACAUCACAGCUGAGAUCAAGAAGGACAUCGAGGAGGCCAAACACAGCAUGAACAUACUGGCCGAUGACCUGAACAUGAGGGUUGAAGUGUUCGGACACUUUGGAAAAAAUGUCCCUAAAGCCCACAAGAUGAGUCCUGAUGCCUUCAUACAGGUGGCGCUACAGCUGGCCUACUACAGGAUGUACCAUCACUGCUGUGCCACCUAUGAAAGUGCCUCCCUGCGGAUGUUUCGCCUCGGUCGUACGGAUACGAUCCGAUCAGCCUCCAGUGCCUCGGCUUCCUUCGUCAAAGCCUUCGAUGACCCCAGCAAACAGAACACAGACAAGGUCAGUCUCCUGGAAAAAGCUGUCAAAGCCCACCGGACGUACACCAACAUGGCGAUCAGCGGUCAGGCCAUAGACAGACACCUGCUGGGCCUGAAGAUGCAGGCGAUGGAGGAAAAGCUUUCUGUGCCUGAUGUUUUCAAAGACGCCGCCUAUGCUAAGGCCUUACACUACAAGCUGUCUACAAGUCAGGUUCCGUCCAAGACCGACUGCGUCAUGUGCUUCGGCCCGGUCGUACCCAACGGUUACGGUGUCUGCUACAACCCCAUGGACGACCACAUCAACUUUGCCGUGUCGUCCUUCAACACCUGUAAGGAAACCAACGCAGCACAUCUGGCCCAGGCAGUGGAGGAAGCUCUGCUGGAUAUGAGGACACUGUUGGAGCAAACACCAAGAGCCAAACUGUGAAGCUUUUCAUGGACGAUGUGGAGGCUGCUGGUUUGGACGUCCUGGUUCUAGACUACGAAGGUAGUAGUCAAAGCCAGUACUGAGUUUUCUUCCUAGAUUACAGAUGAUCACGUGCACUUUAAAUGAUGCUGAGAUUCCUGCUGCAUAAAGACUGUUUCUGUUUCAAAUCUUAACCUAGACGAAAAACCCGUUUACAGCGGAGAACUUCUUAUGUUCGCCAGUAGAACCAUCUUCUGAUGGAUGUUUUCUCGUCAACUAAUGACCUGAUGAGUCCAAACACCAACAAUCACUGAGUUCUAGAGCAGUUAAUCAACCUAACAAAUAUUAAAUGAGACUUUUAAUAAAACUUUUCUGAUGAA